UAGCGGCUGGUGUUACAGGGAACUGUGUCCCCCUCUGUCCGUCGCCGGUUAGUGUAGUCCGUCAACAUGGUGAGUGCUGUGUGUGCCAGAUUCCUCCUUCAGAGAGCCUCACACGGGUUUCUCCUCUCCUCCAGGGCAGGACCCGCUUUCUCGAGUCCAUUCCUGUCCCGUGCCCAUCGACUGGGUCCCAGUGACGAUGAAAUGUACCAGCGUACCACGGUGUCCAUCAUGAAGAAGGAGCCGGGCGGGGGGAUAAUGAUCCAAAGUUACAGUUCUCAAGGAUUCAACAUCGAUGGCAACAGAGUGUUUGGCCCCUGCGCUGUGCUUCCUCCUGCUAUCCUCCAGUGGAACGUCGGCAGUCAUAAAGACAUCACAGAAGAAAGCGUCUCUCUUUUCCACAUGCUUGAACCGAGAAUAGAAAUUAUUGUGCUGGGUACAGGCGCACGGGUGGAACGAAUUAACCCCUCAGUCCUGGCUCUGCUGAAGAGAAAAGGCAUCGCUGUGGAGGUUCAAGACACGCCGAACGCAUGUGCAACCUUCAACUUCCUGACUAGUGAGGGAAGAAUGGCCGCCGCUGGUCUGAUCCCUUCGCCCGUCAGCACGUCACUGGACUUGAUAAAGGAAUAAGUGUUGUACAGAACAGAAACUGGGACUGAUCUCUGCAGAUGGAGGUUAAAUGUUUAUGAAUGAACUCUUAUGCUUACUUACGCACAAAUCCUCCAAAGGAACAAACUCAGAAACCAUCCCUGUAUUUGGUUACACGGUUACGUUUUGGAGAUUUCACCCAGUGAUCUGAGCGGGGAGCUGAUGUACUGGUAAUGUGGCGUUCUCCGACACCAUUACAGACAGCACGUACACUGUGUACAAGUGCUCAGGUCAAUGUGGUGAAGUGAGGAGACCCAUGUUGAAGAAUUAGACUGUAAUAAAGUGUAACAGUGCUCUUGUAUAGAAAUACUGUGUUGUGUGUAUGAAAUAUGUAUUUAAAAUCUUUACAAGCAACCAA